CAACACACAGAAAACCAAAUCGAUCACGUUCUAAUCGACGGGAAAUUCUUCUCCGACAUUAUCAACGUCCGCACGUACCACAGUGCGAACAUAGAUUCGGACCACUACCUAGUUGCAGUAUGCAUGCGCUCAAAACUCUCGACGGUGCAUAACACACGUCGAAGUCGAACGCCACGACCCAACAUUGAGCAACUACGGGACACCGGAGUUGCCCAGGACUACGCGCAGCAGCUGGAAGUUGCACUACCCACGGAAGAGCAGCUUGGUGCAGCUUCUCUUGAAGAUGGCUGGAGGGACAUCCGUUCAGCCAUAGGUAGUACUGCUGCAGCGGCACUAGGUACUGCAAUCCCGGACCGAAGAAAUGACUGGUUUGACGGCGAAUGCAAACUGUUAGUAGAGGAGAAGAAUGUAGCACGGGCGAGAAUGCUGCAACACCGCACGAGAUUGAAUGUGGAGCGAUACAGACAAGCGCGGAACAGACAAAACUCGGUUUUCCGAAGGAAGAAGCGUCAGCAGGAAGACCGAGAUCGCGAGGCGAUGGAAAAUCUGUACCGCGUAAACGACACACGGAAGUUCUACGAGAAGCUAAAUAGUUCGCGCAAAGGCUACGUGCCGCAAGCCGAUAUGUGCAAGGACUUGGACGGUAACCUUCUCACGAACGAGUGUGAGGUGAUUGAGAGGUGGAAGCAGUACUAUGACGAGCACCUCAACGGUGAAGCAGCAGAAAACGAAGGUGGCACGGCAACAGACCUUGGAACACGCGCAGAAGACGACAGGCUACCGGCCCCUGAUCUUCAAGAAGUUGAGGAGGAGAUCGGUCGGCUGAAGAACAACAAAGCAACUGGUGUAGAUCAACUACCAAGUGAGCUAUUGAAAUACGGUGGUGAAGCACUGGCUAGAGCGCUGCACUGGGUAAUUGCCAAGAUUUGGGAGGAGGAGAUAUUACCGGAGGAGUGGAUGGAAGGUGUCGUAUGCCCAAUCUACAACAAGGGCGACAAGUUGGAUUGCUGCAACUACCGCGCGAUCACACUGCUAAGCGCCGCCUACAAGUCCCUUUGAAUCUCGAAGGGGGUUACGGCAGGGUGAUGGACUUUCGUGUCUGCUGUUCAACAUCGCGUUAGAAGGUGUGAUCAGAAGAGCUGGGAUAGACACGAGUGGCACGAUAUUCAGGAAGUCCAUCCAGCUCCUUGGUUUCGCCGAUGAUAUUGACAUUAUGGCACGGAACUUUGAGAUGAUGGCGGAAACGUACAUCAGACUGAAGGCUGAAGCUAGACGGAUUGGACUUGCCAUC